GCCCGGCGGGAGUCUCGGGGCGCUAUGCGGGGGCCGGGCAGAGCGGAGCCCGCCGCGCUGCGCUCCCCUCGGCGCGCCCCGCCGCCCGGCGCCCCCGACGGCCCGCGGGCCCGCCUGCCGCUGCUGCUGCUGCUGCUGACGCUACCGGCCCGCGUGGACACGUCCUGGUGGUACAUCGGGGCACUGGGGGCCCGAGUAAUCUGUGACAAUAUCCCGGGUCUGGUGAGCCGGCAGCGGCAGCUGUGCCAGCGGUACCCCGACAUCAUGCGCUCAGUGGGAGAGGGUGCGCGCGAGUGGAUCCGAGAGUGUCAACACCAGUUCCGCCACCACCGAUGGAACUGCACCACGCUGGAGCGGGACCACACUGUCUUUGGCCGUGUCAUGCUCAGAAGUAGCCGGGAGGCAGCGUUUGUCUAUGCCAUCUCAUCGGCAGGGGUGGUCCACGCCAUCACCCGCGCCUGUAGCCAGGGCGAACUGAGUGUGUGCAGCUGUGACCCCUACACCCGCGGCCGCCACCAUGACCAGCGCGGGGACUUCGACUGGGGCGGCUGCAGCGAUAACAUCCACUAUGGCAUUCGCUUCGCCAAGGCCUUUGUGGACGCCAAGGAGAAGAGGCUGAAGGACGCACGGGCCCUCAUGAACCUGCACAACAACCGCUGUGGCCGCACGGCCGUGCGGCGUUUCCUGAAGCUGGAGUGUAAGUGCCACGGUGUGAGCGGCUCCUGCACCCUGCGCACCUGCUGGCGGGCCCUGUCCGACUUCCGCCGCACCGGGGACUACCUACGGAGGCGCUACGAUGGCGCUGUGCAGGUCACGGCCACCCAGGAUGGCGCCAACUUCACAGCUGCCCGUCAAGGCUACCGCCGGGCCACCCGAACUGACCUGGUCUACUUUGAUAACUCCCCCGACUACUGCGUCCUUGACAAGGCUGCAGGUUCCCUGGGCACUGCAGGCCGGGUCUGCAGCAAGACAUCGAAAGGAACAGAUGGUUGUGAGAUUAUGUGCUGUGGCCGAGGGUACGACACGACUCGAGUUACCCGUGUCACCCAGUGUGAAUGCAAAUUCCACUGGUGCUGUGCAGUGCGGUGCAAGGAGUGCAGGAACGCUGUGGACGUCCACACGUGCAAGGCCCCCAAGAAGGCAGAAUGGCUGGACCAGACCUGAGUCCAUGGAGACCUCACGCGCCCACCACUGCAAACCUCCUGACUCAGAAGCACGAGACCUUUGCAUGCGCACCUUCCACCACCCUUGCCGUGGGCUGCCACAGCUUCUACUGAAGGACUGAAGAGUGAUCCAGAGGUGACUCUGGCGUCCUGACUUAGCCCUGGGAAGUUGUUGACAGGGGAUGUAAGAAAUGAAAUGGCUCCCUGACUCCCCCACUGCAGGUUAGAAGGGAGCGUGGACGAGGUAGGGGGUCUUCAGAGUAAUGUGAGUUGCACUAACGCACAGUCCAGGCCCGUGUCACUUUUCCCCUCACUGCCUUUGACACUCCUUGUGUGUACAAGAGGAAGGUACCUGGAGAGCCUCUUCGUGUUCCCACCUGGAUAAAGGUAGAAGAAGAGAAGAAACCACGUCCCUCACCUGGGUCAGUUUGAACAGACUGCUGCUACCCCAAGGAGAACUCUGAGGCUAUACAUUCUUUCAAGAGCCUGGGACUGCGAGACAAGAGCUGCCAUGGCGGACACGGUUCCAUUCACAUGCUCAUGUUUAUGAAU